AUGAAGUCUCUCAUCUUAACGACCUUGGCUCUGCUGCCAUUGGUUUCUUGCAAGCCGUGGGUUCAGCUCUCGCACCAAACACCCAUCUCGGCUGAUCGCAACUUGAUACCUGGAGCUGCUGAGAAGAGUCAACUGGAUAAGAUAAUUGCCGACUCUGAGCUCUUGUCGCUCCAUCGAUCCCUCACCGAGAUCGAAUCUAUCUCCAGCCGCGAGGGAGACGUGGGGGAUUUCUUAGUUGAUUAUCUCCAAAAGCAUGGAUUUACAGUGGAAAAGCAGCACGUUUCUUCCGACGGCAACGAGGCAGAUAAAAUGAAGCCAUCCAGCUUCAAUGUCUACGCAUAUCCUCGCUCGUCGCCGGCUCCGGAGAUUAUCUUGACCAGUCACAUUGACACCGUUCCACCAUUCAUCCCAUACUCUCUCUCGCUCCCAAAAUCCAGCUCCACCGGUUCGAUCGACCGCAGGGCAAUUCACAUCUCCGGCCGCGGAACCGUUGACGACAAAGGAAGCGUGGCCUGCCAGAUUAUCGCUAUUCUAUCGCACCUCAAGUCCCAUCCCGAUGCCCGCCUGGGUCUGCUGUUCGUCGUCGGCGAAGAAACCGGCGGCCAGGGCAUGCAUCAUUUCUCCAGAUCCCCAUUGAACACCUCACCACCCACGUUCCACACUGUCAUUUUCGGCGAACCCACGGAAAACAAGCUUGUCUCCGGCCACAAAGGCAUGCUCCAAUUUACCGUGUCCGUCCACGGGAAACCCGCGCACUCGGGAUAUCCCUGGCUCGGCCGCAGCGCCGUCUCAGAGAUCCUCCCCAUCCUCUCCAAGAUAGAUCAGCUGGGCGACAUCCCAGAGUCCGAAGGCGGAUUGCCCUCCAGCGAAAAGUACGGCAAGACCACCCUCAACAUCGGCUUCAUGGAGGGUGGAGUCGCGACGAACGUGGUCCCUGCCAGGGCGUUUGCGCGGGUUGCCGUGCGUUUGGCAGGCGGCACGGUGGAACAAGCCAAAGAGCGUAUCACCGCUGCCGUGCGCUCUGCCUCCCGCGAGUAUCGCGCGGACGUACGCCUCUGGUUCUUCAGUGGCGGCGGCUAUCCCCCCAUUGAUCUCGAUACCGACGUUGAGGGAUUCGACAUCCUGGCGGUCAACUAUGGAACCGAUGUACCGAACUUGAUGAUCCAUGAUCACGACCAGCCAGAGGACAAGAAAGUCAAACGGUACUUGUAUGGGCCGGGAAGCAUUUUCUCAGCACAUGGGGAGAACGAGGGUUUGAGCGUGGGAGACAUGGAGGAUGCCGUGGAAGGGUACGGCAGGCUGAUCAGGGCCGCUGUGGAAAGAGGCCAGCGAAAAUAA